UGCAAAGCCGUAUUACUUUGGUACAACAGACCUCGAAUGCAUGCGGAAAAGCGGGAAGAAAGGGAAACGCAGUGCGCCUAUGAGAGGGACAUGGGAUUAUACCCCUCGUUUUAUCUACUACAGAGGCAAAUAUCUUGAAUUUACAGGGUCCGGUUCGAGAAGUGGAUAUAGUCGUUUAGAUGAACAUUGCAGAGGAAAAACCGAAAGAUAUCCAGCUGGAUACAGCUACCUAAGUUUGGAUUGUAUCGAACGAUGUGUUAGGCGUUAUGAAAAUGAGUACGGCAGAUACGAUCUGGUUUCGAAUAACUGUCACAACUUCGCUAACAGAAUGUCCGAGGUUUUGUGCAGAAGAGGUUACCAGUGUCCGUCAUGGUGCAACUAAAUGCAAGCUUGAAAUUAGAUGGUCAGAUAAACAAAUCUG